GCAGAGGGGGUGGAGGACACUGAAUGGAAACCAGUGGAGGGAUUGGCAGAGGGGGGUGGAGGACACUGAAUGGAGGACCAGUGGAGGGAUUGGCAGAGAGGGGUGGAGGACACUUAAUGGAGGCCAGUGGAGGGAUUGGCAGAGAGGGAUGGAGGACACUGAGUGCAGACCAGUGGAGGGAUUGGUAGAGAGGGGUGGAGGACACUGAGUGGAGGCCAGUGGAGGGAUUGGCAGAGAGGGGUGGAGGACACUGAAUGGAGGCCAGUGGAGGGAUUGGCUGAGGGGAGUGGAGGACACUGAAUGGAGGCCAGUGGAGGGAUUGGCAGAGAGGGAUGGCAGACAUGGAACGGUUAACUGAAGAGGGGGAUAGCAUGCGAUGAGGUCGGCCAAUGAGGAGGGA